AAGUCAUCGUCAGGGUCCUCGUCUGAAUAAGGCAUCUGGUCGUCUGAAUCACGAAAAUGGAUCAUCUUCUCCUGCCCGAAUCCUCUUUCUCGGCACAAACCUACUCAAUGUCAAUAAGAAUCAUUUACAAAUUCAAGAUGAAUCAAUACCUUGAUUCUCAAAUGGAAGGACCACUUGUGCUCGGUCAUUUCACUCCUUUUCAGACAACUGUAGAUUGAACUGAAUCAUCAUUCUAACACGGUCAUUUCAACGUUUAACGUGCACACUGAAUUCUCCCCUUCUCAAGUUAUUUACCAUCAAGGAGAGGAUUGUGUCACAAUAGCUUAGUUUCAAGAGACUAAUGCUCUCCCUUGUUAGUUAUCAUUCUAAUUCUGUUAGUUAAAACAAAACUACAACAAAUAUAGAAAGACAUUCAAAUUAUUGACGAAUAUGUUCGGUAAAUAAUCAAAUCGUAGUGUUGUUUUAUCUUUUUUGACACCACUUAAAAUUCAAAAAAUCGAAGUUUGGACAAUAUGUUUGUUCCACUACAAAUUUGUAUUUUCCUUUUAACCAUUACUCUUUGUCUUGGACCCCAGCCAUCACUCACAAGUAAAAAUAUUUGUGGGUCCAUUUUGAAGAUAACAGAAGAUACAAGGGCUUGCCCCAAAAUAUUACCACCUUAUUUUUCAAAUUUCAGACCGUUGGCCAAUAGACAGUGUAGUAACGGUUUUUUCUUACCGUCUUAAAAAAAACAGAGCAACAUUCUGAAAAAUCAGUCUCCCCCAAAUCAAAUGGGCUGCGUUUCGUCAAAGCUUGUAUCUAAACAAAUUCAGGAGGAAAGAAAAUCUCUGAGGAAUGCCGAUUACGCCCACCACGUCGUCUCCCUCACUUCAACCACCUACGGCGCUCUCUCCUUAGACAAAGCAAAGGUUCAAAAUCCGGUUGCGGAGGAGAAGGAAUGCGCGGCGGAAGCAGCGAGGAAAUCUUCGUCGUCGCCGCUGCGGGAAGAUCCGGCGGAGAUAAUCAACGCGUGGGAGCUCAUGGAGGGUUUGGAGGAGGAAAUUGCCAUCGCCGUCCAAUCAAAAAAAAGCCCCAAAUCGAAGCUGUUCAGGGACUCAAUGAGCCCUAUGAAGUUCCUGGCUUCUCCGAGGAAGGCGAAGAAGGCCGCGGGGAAGGAGAAUAAGGGAAUUAGGUCAACGGAAAGUAGCCCCAAACCGAUUUUGAAGGAGAGCAAUGCUAAUAACAAUCACAGCGUGAAGAAGCCCUCUCCGAAACUGUGGGCUUCGAUCAAGAAAUGCGAUAGCACGAGAUUCGAUUCAGGCGUCGUUGCGUCGUCGAGGAGGAGAAGCCUAGGGCCGCUGUUCGAUCCCGAGCUCGUGGCUUCGUUAGAGAGAGAGGUGUCGGAGGAGGAAGAAGAGAUGAUGAUUAAGAACAAGAACAAGGCCACAUCGGGAAAUUCGAAUACAUUGCUUGAAUCUUACAAGAAGAAAUGCCCUCCCGGGGGAGAGAAUGCGGUGGUGAUCUACACAACGACGCUGAGGGGGAUCAGGAAGACGUUCGAGGAGUGCAAUGUGGCAAGAUCCACGAUCGAGUCACGGAACGUGGAGGUGAUCGAGCGGGAUGUGUCGAUGCACUCGGCGUUUAAGGAGGAGGUGAGGGUGCUGAUGGGGAGCAAAGAGGUGAGGGUGCCAUUGGUGUUUGUGAAGGGGAGGUUGAUUGGUGGGGCGGAGGAGAUGGUGAGGCUGGAUGAGGAGGGCAAAUUGGGGAUUUUGCUAGAGGGGAUCCCGGAGGCGGCCGAGGCCGGGUGCUGGCGGUGCGGAGGGGUGAGGUUUGUGAUGUGUGUGGAGUGCAGUGGGAGUUGUAGGGUUGUGGGGGAGGAUAGGAGGAAGAGUGUUAAGUGUGGCAAGUGUAAUGAGAAUGGGCUAAUUCAGUGCCCUAAAUGUGUGUAAGUUAUCUCACUUGCUGUUUGUUUGUGUAAGGAUUGAUUUGCUUGCAGCCUUAUGGAUUGAGUUUUGAUUUUGCAUUCUGAGAUGUAUUUUAGGGUGUAAUUUGCAAGCUUCGCGAAGUGUCUCUUUCUGUGCAUUGAAUGUUGUUUGAUACUUUUGAGAAAUGUUGUUGACAUAGAUAUGGGGAUUGAAUAGUGACAGGACGAGGAGGUUAUGGGUCGACCAAACAUGAUUUGGGAAUUCAAUUUUUAGUCGAAAUAAAAUAUGCAGAAAACGACUUGUUGAAAUUUUGUGGAGGUUCAUUAGAAGGAAAUGUGGAAUUUAUCUGUUUUU